UCAAAUGUCUAUUGAUAUGAAAAUGAUGUGGCAAGUAAUGGGCCAAUAUGGAAUAUCAGGUAAAACCGAUAUCUCUUUGCUACAGUAUGUUUUCUUGAAAAUGUAUUGGCAUCGAAAAGUAAAAUGGAUUAAAUCCACAUUUUUUGUAGAAUGUGUAAAGGAAAUAUGAAUUUAUCGUUCUGCAUAUAUUUUCUUUUCUUUUUCUAUACGUAUAUCACCGACGUAUUUUAAUAUAAAUAAAAUACAACUGUACUGUAGAACACGAAAAAUUCUUUUAAGCUUAAAUUUUCGCAUCGAACACUGUAAGCCAUGGAAACUCACUGUUCUUCGACGCGUAAGCCAGUACUCACAAGUCUCGGACUUAUCCAAGCUCAGAAUCACCUGAUUCUGGCUGAGACCAGAGAAUAACUAAACAAAUAAAACCAAUAAACCUAGUACGAUAAAUCAUCGGAUAAAAUCCUACUGUAAUCCUACAAUAGGAUCUUGCAAGAUUCUACAAUCUGACCACAGGAUCCUGUGAGAAUCUUACAUUAAAAUUUUUUAGCUGUCAGGUCUUUUUACAGAAUCCUACAAGAUCCUAUAAGAUUUUCGUAGGAUCUUACAGGAUGCUGUAGGAUUCUAAAGUGGGAUCUUGUAAGAUCUUGUAGCAUCCCACGGUCGCGUAGGAUUGCUUGAUCUGAAAUCUUAAAUAAUACUUGAUAAAGUUUCUCCAUUUUAGGAAACAACAAAUACAAGUGUCCUCAUUGUACGGCAUCUAAUAUGGCUGAAUUUGGAAAGUACUCUGCAUUUGAUCGAAAAAGAGGUGCACGCACACUUUAAAUCAACAAUAUGAAGAGCUUGCAAGAGCAAAACCUCAAUUUGGUUAUCAACAGAUACCUUUGUUUCGAAAAAAGCUCGAGUAAAUAUAACUGCGUCUAAAUUUGGCAAUAACUUUUAAAGUAGGGAUCAUGUCCAAAAAGAUUAGUUUUUGUAAACUAUAGUUACAUAAAAGUUGGAUUAUUUUAUCUAUGUUGUGAGUUGCAAAAGAAUCUGCCUAAAAAAACGGAAAACCGAUAAAAAUUGAGCGUCUAUUGCAUUUUCUCAUGACACUUUUAACCAUAAAAACAUGUAUUUCAUUCCAGUUAUAAAAAUGUUGUCCCGGAUGUUUUACAUAUGAAAUUAAGAAUAUCAGAUGUAUUAUUAGCUGAGAUUAUAUCCUUAAUUACCAUCACAAGUACAAUAGCUGAAAGAGCACAACAUCUUCGAAACGUUUUAACAUUUCUUGAGCAACGUGCAAAGGAUAUGAAGACAAAUCAUAAAUUUAUUUUAACAAAAAAAAACGAAAUUGAAGUAUCUGGUAGAUUAAAUUCUCAAAUGCAUGAACGUUUUCUACGAGAUUUACCAUUAGAUGCUAUUAUGAAAGACUAUCAAAAAGCUUUUUUCAUCAAAAAGUUAUGUAAUGAUUUUUUUGAUUUAAUGAAAUUAUAUUCUAUUAGUGAUAUAUAUCAAUAUGUGAAAAACGAAUCGAUUAAAUGGUGUCAACGUUAUACAAGUUUAUUUGGUGCUGCUGCUGUUACGAUUUAUAUACAUGUACUAGGAAAUCAUGCAUUUGAGUUCCAUCAAGAAUAUGACAAUUUAGGUUUGUAUACUUUACAAGGGAAUGAAAAGUUCAACGACGUUACAACAAAAGACUUUUUUUUAUCGACUAACAAAAGAAAUUUUAACGAUCAAUUAUUGAAAAAACGUAUUCGUGCAAGGUUGAUAGAUAUAGCAUUAAAACCAUCAGGAUUAGCAUUAUUAAAUAAAUUGUUUUUUAACUGGAAAAUAAACGAUACUAUAUCAGCGCAAGAAUCAUCUCGGAACAGUUUUUUUUUUCUUAAUGAAGAUCCUCAUCGUAUCUACAUUCGUUGUUAA